GUGUGCUGCGCAGCGUGGGUGGUGGGUGGUGCGGCUGGCGGUGCUUGUUGUCUGCUCUGCUGCGUGUGUGAGACGUGGGGCAGAUGGCUACCGUAGAGGAGAAGGUAAAUCAGGCCAUCGCCAAGGGCUUGGGGGAAGAGGCCCUUGCCGAAAAAUUCGAGCAGCAUGGAGAGGCUUUCACCGGCUUCCUGGGUGACGUUCAGGCGAACUUGCUCAGUCAACUCAACGCGCAUAGCGUUGGUCCCGAGGGCUUCGUCGAGAACUUUCAAGCCUUCCGCUCUGCCGUGGACUGGAGCGAGCCAUGGAUUCAGGGCAUCCUGGUGUUCCACCUGUUGUUAUGGAUAUUUUUUAUUGUUACGCGGAGGAGCUUUGGCGCCCAGGUCGGGCUGUUCGCGGUAAUACUCACGGGGACAAGGUUAAGCGAGUUCAUCAACACGUGCCUCCGGGAUCGCUGGCAAGACUUUUCGAGGCAGAACUACUUCGACGAGCACGGCAUCUUCAUGGGGGUAAUGUGGGCCGGGCCGCUACUGAUACUGGGCUUCACGAUGCUGGUGAGCUUGCUUUGCCAAACGGCAUCGCUCUUGGUGACGGUGAAAACCAAGCAGUUCAAGAGAGAACUCGCCGCAAAGAAGGACGGCGGGAAGUCCAAGACCAAACGCGGCGCGAAAGACAAAAAAGCGUAAAAACAAGCAUGACUGCACCGACGCAAUGCCGUUCCGGAAGACGGGACUAUGCGCUGCUGUUGGCUGUUGGCUGUUUAGAUCCUGCCAUUUGCCGCUGUGUUUCUGUAUGUCAUGUCAAUAACAAUUGCGUCAUGGGCCCUUGUGAAAUUGUAUCUUUAGAGGAAGCAGAGGCAUUUCUGUUAUUGGCUGCCACAUGGAGGUUGCGUUAAGCGCUAAAAGCAGGCCGCACGAUGCCCUCACUCGGGCUCACGGAUAGGUCUCUAUUGGAUUCUUCAAGACCCGUUGCCUUGCCACCUCGCUCGUUGUUGGCAACAGGAAAUCCACCAGUCAAGGGUCGAAUCCGCGCGUUCAACAUGGUGCUGCGCCGGGUUUUAUGUCUCGAGAACGAAGCAACAUUUCCACGUGUUGUCAUCAAUGAUCAUUUUGUUGUCAUCAAUGAUUAAAGGACCCAUCCCCAUAU